UCUAUGCAAGUGCAAGUUUGUGUGCAAUGAGUUGUUUCUAUUGUCCAUUGUGUAUAUUACAGCCUUGAGCAGGCAUGGUUGCUGUGGGUUGUGAGUUCUGCAGCCUUGCUCUGCCAGGUGGCAGCUGCUCACUGUAUCGCCUCGACGUCGGCUAUCAGUUCGGUGCGUGUCCAGGCAUUUCAAGCGGUAUCGUUGCAAAUGCACUAGACGACAAGCGCGGCCCCCCAAUUCGCCUCAACCCCAAGGAACCGGUCACUCAAGAAGAAGAGGAGUUUGAUGUGGUAAUUCUGUCCAAUGGACCUGGUGAAGUCGCAGCAUGGGUACGACCCGUUGUAAGAGCUCUGCGGAGGCGGUUUGGAGAGGAUCAAGCUGCAUUGCGAAUAUCGGUGGUUCUUGCUCCAUGUCCCCAUGCAUCUGGCACGGAAACCGCAUUUGUGCAAUCAUUCAAAGAAGUCGACCGCUGCCAGGCUCCUGGAGGCUUUCCUGAUUUUCUCCUCUGGGGCAAAACUACAGAUAAUUGGGAUUGGCGCAGCCGUGGCGUCUGCAUAUUUCUUGGGGGAGAUCAAUUCAAUGCUCUUCUGAUUGGGUGGAGACUGGGUUACAAGACGGUGGUGUACGCAGAAGAUGCUGUACGGUGGGCCGGGCGUUGCCGGGUCAUCGGUGAUUUAUUUGCAGAUGCUGUUGCUGAUGGUGAGCUCACAGACUCUCUUGGCGAAGCUGCGAAUUUCCUGGAAACAGCGCCGGAGUACGAGAAAGCUUCUGCGUGGGAGAAAGAGCAUGACAAUCUGUGCUGUGGAUCAGAGCAGCCCUGGACUGAAAAACCUUUGUCUGAAAGGCGCUUGGAAGGAAGAGUUCGCAGACAUGGAAUUGAUAAUGCAAAUCCAACUGGGCCAGUUAUUGGGCUUCUUCCUGGAUCAAAGAAAGUGAAGCUGAUGCUUGGAAUCCCUUUCAUGAUGUCAGUGGCGGACAACAUCUCCAAACGAUUUCCAGGUGCUCGCUUUGUUAUCCCAUUGGCUCCAACAGUGGAUCUCGGCAUGAUUGCAGAGCAUGCGGACUCAUCCACAAAUCCAGUCAUCGAAAAGUCAGGAUGGGCUUCUGGCACAGUUAUUCCCCUGCAAGACUUGGGUAUCUCAAACCAAUCUUCAGCUGCAUUGUCCACAGUAUCACUUGCAGAGGAAACAAGGCCGGAUGGGAUGUUCCAGUCGCGUUUAUAUCCGAAGUGCACGGGAAGUAACCGCAAACCAGACGGAACGAAUGUUUUUCAAAAUGGGGUGACAGAGGACGUCUUCGAGGACAUCAAUCACGUGCAGUACCUUUCCGAUAGCGGUAGUGAGCUGAGCGCUGGCGUACAUCGUCAAGCACUGGCCAGGAAACCUGGAAAUGAGGAGGGGCGUCUGAGCGCAGGUGAUUCUGAUCCUGUUGAGGGUGCUGCUUCUGAGCCGUUGGAUUCUCAUCGAUCAGCGGCCAAAGGCAGCACAUUGGCAGUGGGCAGUGUCGCAGGUGUUUUUGAAACAGGUAGAGGCAGCGGCGGCCACCAUGAGAGAGAUGCGCCAACGCGAAGCCCGUCACAUGCUGAAGAGCAGCUAAGCAGUUGCAAUGCCGAACGGGCAGGCAGGUUGGAUUUGUUUUCGUCGACAAGUUUUUCAAGGCCACAUGAAUUGACAUCAGGAGAAGAGGGUAGCUGGCAGAGUGGACUGUCGCCGGCUAGUGUCUGGCCAGGGACUGUUGCUGUCAUGGAGACUGCAAAGGGAACGUCCAUACUGGUCUGUGAGCAGUUCCCUCCGUACGAGUUGUAUGCGAAAUGCACGCUAUGUCUGACAACGAUGGGAACGAACACAGCCGAGCUGGGGUCUCUGGGAGUUCCGAUGGUGGUGAUUCUCCCAAGUGUGGGACUAGAGGUUUUCCGCGGUGCAGUUGGCGGCAUCCUUGGAUUGUUUGCGAACUUACCUGGCGAGAUUGGGAAAGCGGUUUCCAGAACAGUUAACACCUGGCUGAUCAAAUCUGCAAAGUUCAUUGCUUGGCCCAAUAGAUGGGCAAAAGAGGAAAUUGUCCCAGAGCUAAUCGGUGAAGUGACGCCUGCUGAUGUUGCGGAUGUGGUAUUGCAACUCUUAAUCCAUCAAGAGAAACUUGAUGAGAUGAGAUCUAAACUAUUAGCCUUGAAUGCUCGUAGAGAGGAGCAUCCCUCAAGGAAUCUGGAACUGGAAGCAGAUGAGCAACCCUCCGUGCAUCCAAGGGCGUCGCCGGGCGUGAAUCCAAGACGAAUGCAGGAUGACUCUGCCCCUCCCGUUCGCGACGAGGGAAGUACCGCUUGCACGCGUGUUGAAUCAAUAAGAAGAUCAGGUGCUGCUAAUGCUAUAGUCCACGAGGUUGCGAGAUUGGUGAAGGCUUCGUGAGCAUGGCUGGUGUGGCUGGCGUGAUUGGUUGGGGAACCAGCUGGACGGGUACGUGUGGAGGGACGAUCCAGGCCUCUUUUCGCGAGCUAGUGGCGGGGGUUGAGUUUGGUGCUGCUGCGACAACCGGAGACUGGAAAUAAGUGUCGGGUUCAGCCAGGCGGUUCUGGAAGCAUCCGCUGCUGCAGGUCGUCAUUCACUGCAGCCCGGACAAAGGUGCAGGCUUGAGUCCCCACUCGACUAGGCUUAUUCGAUCUCUUUGCUGGGAUAUUCUUUGAGCUUUGCACAAAUGGAAAAAGCGGUGGUUAUUGGAAGUGAGCGUUGGGUUACGCCAGAGCAGAAAUAAGCGUUGGGUUGAGCCACGCAGUGCUAGAAGAAGCAUGGACUGCUGCAGGUCACCAUUCAGUGUAGCCCCGACAAAGGUGCUGGCUUGGGCCCACUGGACUACCAUCUUCGACCGAAUAGAACGUAUGGUCCUUAUGCCUGUAGUUGAGGCAACUUUCAGUCAAGAUAUGGCUACAAUGACCGUACGUUCUAUUCGGGGGCAAGACGGUAUGCUUAUUAGAUCUU